CCCCGACCAUAAAGUUUCGAGGGGUCUUAAAGACCCCUCCUUCGACACGUUGGCCAUUCUCGUUUAUUUUCUCAAGCCGACCGCCAGGUAGUACUUGAAUCGUUGCGAUUACCCGACGUAAAUUCUAAGAGUUGUGUUACCGAAGAAGCCUUUGUGAGCAGAGUGGACCUGUCGCACCAUGAGCGAGGUACAGCCAGUUCCGAUCCCGGGGCCCAAGGGCGUUCCUCUCCUGGGGAACAUCUACGAUGUCGAGCAGGAACAGCCCACGCGGAGCUUUGAGCAGCUUGUCGACCAAUAUGGUCCAAUCUUCCGUCUCAAUAUCUAUGGCCAGUCAAGGGUGUUUGUCAGUAGUCAAGAGCUGGCCAAUGAAGUCUGCAAUGAGGAGCGGUUUGCUAAGAACGUGGACGGCGGCUUGGAUCAGGUUCGGCAUCUCACCCACGAUGGCUUGUUCACGGCCAAAUACCCCGGCGAAGAGAAUUGGGCGCUUGCACAUCGCAUCCUAGUUCCUGCUUUUGGGCCUCUGUCGAUUAGAGCCAUGUUUGAUGAAAUGCACGACAUUGCCACUCAGCUUGUCAUGAAAUGGGCCCGACAGGGACCCGAGACACCCAUCAAUGUCACGGAAGAUUUUACUCGCCUCACACUCGAUUCAAUUGCUCUUUGUGCGAUGGGCUCCAGGUUUAACUCUUUCUACCAUGAUACAAUGCAUCCCUUCGUGGCAGCAAUGCUCGGCACGUUGCAGGUGGCCAGCCAUCGGUCACAGCGACCGGCUUUGCUGAACCAGCUCCCCACAAGCGAGAACAAUUCGUUCUGGAACGAUAUUGCCUACCUGAGGAAUCUAGCAAGAGAAAUGGCCGACGAAAGGAGGAAGAACCCAUCGGACAAGAAAGACUUGCUCAAUGCUCUCGUCCUAGGCCGGGACCCCCAGUCCGGAAAAGGCCUCAGUGAGGACUCCAUCAUCGACAACAUGAUCACCUUUUUGAUUGCCGGUCAUGAAACAACUUCCGGAAUGCUAUCUUUUGUCUUCUAUUACUUGCUCAAAAACGCACACGCAUACAAAAAAGCACAGGAAGAAGUGGACCGGGUGAUUGGGCGACGGAAGAUCACCGUCGAUGACCUCUCCAAGUUACCGUAUAUCAAUGCGGUCAUGCGAGAGUCGUUGCGCCUCAGACCGACAGCUGGUAUCCUUAGACUCCACGCACAUCCAAUCAAGAAUACCGAAGACCCCGUAACCUUGGGGAAUGGAAAAUAUGUCUUGAAUAAGGGCGAACCCAUCACUAUUCUUCUCAGUAAAUUGCAUCGCGAUCCCAAAGUCUAUGGUUCAGACGCCGAAGAGUUCAAACCGGAGCGCAUGCUUGACGAAAACUUCAACAAGCUCCCCCCAAAUUCGUGGAAGCCGUUUGGCAAUGGGAUGCGAGGAUGCAUUGGACGUCCAUUUGCCUGGCAAGAAGGAUUACUGGCAAUCGCAAUGCUGUUGCAGAACUUCAACUUCCAGCUGGAUGACCCAAGCUAUGACCUGCGGAUCAAACAGACGCUUACCAUCAAGCCGAAGGAUUUCAAGAUGAGGGCAACUCUACGCCAUGGGUUGGAUCCGAUAACAUUGGAGGCAGCUCUGAACAGUGGCUCUGUGCCUCGCGAGACUACACUGCCUAGCAGAGACCGCAAGAAAGGCGCAACCGUUCCGGCCGGAGCUUUGAAGCCGAUGCACAUUUUCUUUGGCAGCAAUACUGGAACCUGCGAGGCGUUUGCUCGAAGGAUGGCGGAUGAUGCUGCGGCAUGGGGGUUUGCCGCAGAGGUCAAGUCGCUGGAUUCCGCCACCGAGAAUGUCCCGAAAGGGGAUCCUGUGGUGUUCAUUGCGGCCUCAUACGAAGGCCAACCUGCUGACAAUGCAGCCCACUUUUUCGAGUGGCUUAGUGCCGUCAAGGGAAAUGAGUUCGAGGGGGUUAAUUAUGCCGCAUUCGGUUGCGGUCAUCACGACUGGAACGCCACCUUCUACCGGGUCCCCAAAGCUAUCAAUGAACUGGUGAACGAGCAUGGCGGCAAUCGCUUGUGUGACAUUGGAUUGGUCGAUACCGCCCAAUCAGACAUGUUCACUGAUUUCGAUAACUGGAGCGAGUCAUCGCUGUGGCCUGCUAUAUCUGCCAAGUUCUCAGUCCAGGCCAACAAAAAGGCCAGCUCUGGCUUGCAGGUCGAGGUGAGCUCCGAAAGACGAGUAUCAAACUUGGGUCUUCAGUUGCAGGAGGGAUAUGUUAUCGAGAAUCAGCUCCUGACGGCACCUGAUGUCCCCGCAAAACGGCUGGUGAGAUUCAAGCUUCCCACCGACACGACCUACCAGUGCGGCGAUUACCUUGCCGUGCUGCCCGUGAACCCCACGACUGUUGUGCGUCGAGCAAUGCGUCGGUUUAAUCUGCCCUGGGAUGCUGUUUUGACUGCCCGAAAGCCUUCUCAGGCUCAAACGCGGUCGACCAUCCCACUCGACCAUCCGAUUUCCGCAUUUGGUCUCCUGUCAUCCUACGUCGAACUCUCCCAGCCCGCAUCCAAGCGCGACCUGCUCGCCCUGGCGGACGCAGCCGUCAUUGACGAAGAAGUCCAAGCUGAGCUGCGCUACACAGCCAACAGUCCUAGCCGCUUCGCUGCCGAGAUCGUCGCGAAACGCCUCAGCGUACUCGACGUCCUGGACCGGUAUUCCUCCAUCAACCUCUCCCUGGGCGACUUUCUAGCCAUGCUUCCUCCCAUGCGAGUCCGCCAAUACUCCAUCUCCUCCUCCCCAUUGACUGAUCCCACCGAAUGCUCGAUUACUGUCUCGGUGCUUAGCGGCCCCUCCCUCUCCGGAACAGACGACGCCUACAUGGGCGUAGCAUCCACCUAUCUCUCCGUUCUCCAGCCCGGCGACCGCACCCACAUCGCCGUCCGCCCAUCCCACUCCGGCUUCAAGCCCCCAACCGACCUCAACACACCCAUGAUCAUGGCUAGCGCGGGUAGCGGUCUUGGUCCAUUCCGCGGAUUCAUCAUGGACCGCGCGGAAAAGAUCCUCGGCCGAAGCGAGUCCAUUGUCGAAAAGCCCGCAAAAGCGAUCCUCUACGCGGGUUGUCGCACCAAAGGCAAGGAUGACAUCCACGCCGCUGAGCUGGAGGAAUGGUCCCGUCAGGGUAUCGUAGAUGUCCGGUGGGCGUAUAGUCGCCCAUCUGAUGGAUCUGCCGCCCAGCAUAUCCAGGACCGCAUCGCAAGUGAUCGUGACGAGCUGGUCGAACUCUUCGAACAAGGCGCGAGAAUCUACGUCUGUGGCAGCACGGAAGUGGGAAACGCGGUAGGUGGUGCGUUCAAGAACAUCUUCCUAGAUGUACGGAAGAAGCGUCGGGAGGAGGCCCUGGCACAGGGCAGGGAAGAUGUUCCGCCGGAAGGGAGUGAUGCCGAAGUGGAGAAGUUCUUUGAUGGACUCAAGGCGAAUAUGCGGUAUGCUACGGAUGUGUUUACUUAGUGUGCUUUCCAUAUCUAUUGAUCCGUCUUGUUCGGCCUAGUUAUACCUGAUAUAGUCAGCGAAAUGAUAUGCCUCAUCCAGUAAUGUGUACACCAGAG